AUGUGGGCAGCGUUGUUGUCACUGCUUCCUAUCGUCACCGCCUCGUCGUCAUCUAAACGUGGACUGGUGUUUAUCAGCAGCACCAAGGACUCGACAACUGAUGCGCCAGUAUGGUUCACUAACACAGACCUCACCUGGUAUUACAAUUACGGCGCAUAUCCGUCGCAGCAGCUGCGGCAGUCUGCUUUGCAUUUUGUACCGAUGCUAUGGGGUGCCCCUGAUGACAAGAACGACACGUCUUUUCUCGACUCAGUCAGGUCAAGAAAACUGUCAGGCGAGAACAUAACCCACGUGCUCGCCAUGAACGAACCGGACAUGAAGAAAGACGUAGGCGGCAGUGACAUAUCUCCCUCAGAUGCAGCCAGCGUAUGGCUGAAGCAAAUCCAGCCGUUAAAGGCACUCGGAAUAAAAGUCAGCGCACCAGUUGUUUCGGGGUCACCAAGUGGCUACAGCUGGUUGAAAAGCUGGCAAGACCAAUGUGAUGGCGAAUGUAAUCCAGACUUCAUGCCCAUCCAUUGGUAUGGUCCUUUUGCUGGCUUCGCGAGCUGGGUCGGGAACAUGACAACCACAUACCCUAAUUUGGAGAUAUGGGUUACUGAGUUCGGUCUCCCAAAUGCGGAUCUGAUUUCUACGCAAGUUUUCUACAACGAGAGCAUUAACAUGCUUGAUGGAUGGAGCAAUGUGAGCCGUUACGCUUACUUCGGCUCCUUUCGAAGCGAUUCAUCAAACAUCGGUCCCGCCGCAGCAAUGCUUACAAAUGAGGGUCAAUUGACUGACAUUGGUUCCUGGUAUCUGGGGGGUAAUGCGACUGGCGCAAAACCCGAAGGUAGUGGUUGCGUCAAGUCCCGUUCAACGGUCUUAUUCUUCUUGGUGCUUUUGGCGCACUGCUUGCUGUCGAUAUAAGAGAAAUGGACCUCGGCGGCAACGGACAUCCCACUCCACCUCCCUUUAUAAGCUAUCGCAGAUACGACCUCUUUCAAAGCAUUGGUUGACCCUUUCUAGCACAGUUCGGUGAUGGUCGACUCUUAUUUCUUUGACCAAACUGUUUCCUGCAAUGUCUUGGAUAAAUCAGCAUAUAGCAAUGGCCUUCAACUAUAUCUGUUUUCUCGAAAGAAAACUAAGAAGAUCGUUAAGUAUUCGGGUAGUGGAUGUAAUAUAAAACGGAUAAUGCAGG